AUGGCACCCUUUCCCGCCGCCAUCGCCGCCAUCGCCGCUGUGUUGGCUUUCUUCACCGACAUCACCGUUGGCGUCACAAUCACGCCUCCUCCUAACCUGAACCUCGGUGAGGCCACAUCCAUCAAAGGCGUGGCCAGGACCAUUGCAGAGGGGGCUCUGUCGUACUACUCCGGCAACGCGACGGAAUUUGUUGAUCUGCCGUCCCCUUACUACUGGUGGGAAUGUGGUGCUCUCAUGGGUGCCAUACUUGAUUAUUCUCAUUAUACAGCCGACAGCAGCUAUGAUGACCUCUUGUCCACCGCUCUGUCCACCAACAUUGGCCCAAAUUACGACCUGAUGAUACCAAAGUAUCAGGGACAAGAGGGCAACGAUGAUCAAGCAUUCUGGACCUUUAACAUGCUUACAGCGGCCGAGCGAAAUUUUCCACAAGUCGACGACGUAAACGUUCCUUCUUGGCUCCAGGUUGCAGAGAACUCCUGGAAUAGUCUUGCAGGCCGCUGGAACAUGUCGGCAUGUGGCGGUGGCUUACUGUGGCAAAUAUUUGAAGACAAUCCCAACGGCCUCAAUUAUCGGAACUCCGUCAGCAACGGAGGAUUAUUCCAGAUCAGCGCGCGCUUGUACCGGGCGACGGGCAACCAGACCUAUCUCGACUGGGCAAACAAGGUCUGGGACUGGUCAAGGGCCCUCAAAAUGAUCGAUGACGAAUACAUAGUGUACGAUGGCGCCAACUCCGAUCAAAAUUGCACCGACAUGAAUCCUAUAUCCUUCAGCUAUUCUGCCGGCAUCUACCUGUACGGCGCUGCUGUCCUGGCCAAUACCACUGCGGGCGAUGCUGCUUCAACUUGGUUGCAGCGUACGGAGGGCCUGCUGCAGGGGAGCAAGAGCUUCUUCACCCCGUACAGCAAUGCGACAAAUAUCAUGUACGAGCACGCUUGCGAGCAGGUGGACCUUUGCAACACGGACAUGAAGUCCUUCAAAGGCUACCUCUCACGGUUCAUGUACGCGUCUACCCUGAUGGUUUCAUCCAUCCAAGACACCGUACAGGAACUCCUCAAUACCUCCGCCACGGCAGCAGCAAACUCGUGCUCGGGAGGCGAAGACUCGGCGACGUGCGGGCAGAAAUGGUAUGUCGGGGGCUUCGACGGCAGCGUUGGGCUUGGGCAGCAGAUGUGCGCGCUGGAGACCGUCCAGGGACACCUGGCACGGCAAGCCGCUGCGCCGCUAGGCAAGGGGGAGAUAAAGGACGUGAGGCAAUCGGCGGCGACGGAAACGGCCAACGCCGGCGCGAGCCCGACCGCCCCGACCGACAGCUCCGAGUCCAGCUCCGCAGCCACCACGUCGAUGGAUACUAGGAGAUCGAAGUCGGCUGGUGUCGCGGUGGUUCCUGGACUCGAGCGGCUUUGGAAUGCGUUGGGGCUGGGGCUGUUCACGGUUGUCUUCGCAAUGGUUUAG